AUGGCGGGCCACUUGUUAAUGACACUUCCUUUCCCCAAGCCGGAACCUCUUCUGAAGGCCUUUCAGGGAGCGUUUCCGGACUUGAAGGUUACGUUUUUGCGGCAUGAAGUUAAGCCUGCUGAGGCGUUUGUCAAGCAGGACAUGUACAUCCCACCAGAAAUCUUGCGUGAGGCAACGCACUUGAUGACUUUUGGCGUUGUUCCUGAUCCUGCUGAUGCUCCUAACCUGCGCUAUAUCCAUUUCAGCGUCGCUGGAACUGAUCACGUUGCUCAUAAGGCGGUGUUUAAAGAUCCAAAUAUUACUAUUACGACUUCGACGGGCGGGCCUAGCAUUGCUCUCGCAGAAUGGGUCAUGGGAUCUAUCCUUGGAUUGACUCGCCAGCUGUUUCAGUUUAAAGACUUGCAGAAUAAGAGGACUUGGGGGAGUUCGGCGCCGCCGCCGUUUACGUUGGAUGGGAAGAAGAUGGGCAUUGUCGGAUAUGGAUCCAUUGGCCGACAAGUGGCGCGUCUGGCACAGGCCUUUAGCAUGGACGUUGUUGUCUACAACUCUCGCCCGCGACUUACAGCUGAAGAUCGCAAAGACCGAAACUGGUACCAAGCUGGCUCCGGUGAUCCAGACGGCACGAUUCCCAGCGCUUACUUCCACGGCCAGUCCCGAGAGGAUCUUCACAAGUUCCUCUCCCAAAACUUGGACAUUUUGGUUCUCGCCCUUCCGUUGACGCCAGCUACGAAACACUUGAUUGGCGAAGAGGAGCUUUCUAUCCUGAAUGCUAAUAGCCCUGCUCUCUUGGUCAACAUUGCACGUGGCCCGGUGAUUUAUCAAGAGGCCUUGAUCGCAUCGCUGAAGAAGGGAGCGGCUGGUGGUGGCCUUUUGGGUGCGGCUCUGGAUGUUACGGAUCCGGAGCCUUUGCCUACGGAGAAUGAGUUGUGGGGGUUGCCGAAUGUUUUUAUUACGCCGCAUAUUAGCUCCGUUACGACGCAGACGGUUAUGCGGGCGUAUAGGAUUCUGCAGGAUAAUCUUGUUCGACAGUUGAAGGGGGGAGAGUUGUUUAAUGUUAUUAAGAAGGGGAUUUACAAUGGUCAGAAGACGCAACUACGAGUUCAACUACAUCUUCACAACCUCAUCAAAUCAACUCUUACCAACCUUAAAGACAGCUCUAUCACAAUCUUGUUCAACAUGACUCAGUCUUCCUGUCUCUGUGGCGCAAACGUCAUCACCUACGAAGGCACCCAAGAACUAAAGUUCAAAUGCCACUGCGCCAACGAAGGCAAGCUCACCGGAGCAUCCCCCUUCUCGCUCAACUUCAUCACCUCGACAGACUCGCUAAAAGUCGUCAAGGGCGAGCUCAAGACGUGGGGUUUCGUUGUCGACAGCGGCAACUUUAUGACGAACCAUUGUUGUGGAGAAUGCGGGAGCUUGUUGUACAGGACGUCGAGCGGGUUCCCGGGCAAGAUGGCGGUCAAGAUUGGGUGCGUGGACGAUGAGGAGAUUCUCAAGACGUUUGUGCCCGAGGUGGAAAUCUUUACGAGGAACAGGCCUAGUUGGGUGCCGGCUGUGGAGGGCGCGGCGCAGAACUGGACGGAUUUUGGAACGGGAGAGGGUCCGGCUGUUGCUGUAGAGGCCAACUAA